AUGGCAGAUGAUCCAGCAAUUGAUAAACAAUCUUCUAGAUAUAAAUUUACUAAAUGGAGAAAUUAUCAAGCAUUACAAGAAGCAUUUUUUAUUGGUCUAUUAAAUCAAUUUGCAACAAUUACUAUCUGUAAACCUUCUAAGAAAACAACUGUAACAAUUCAAUUUAUUAAAAUACAAAGUAUUCAAUUAGAAAGACAAUAUGAUGAAAUUCCUUUUUCAUCAUUUAUUGCAGACAGAUGUAGAAAAAGAAAAAGUAAUGAUAUAAAACUAGGUGUUCCAGAAAAAACUGCUCAAAGAAGAUUUGAAAACAAUAAAUUUUCAGAAGCAUUACAUUUCCUUGUAGAUAUUUUAAGUGAAUUUGGAUAUUUCUUUCAAGUGUCUAGAACUAUUGGAAAAAAUGGAACACCAACAGUUGAAACAGUUCAUUCAGUAUAUUAUAACAAUAAAAUGAAAUACAGUAAAAAAGAUAUUGAAAAAAAAGGAAAAGCAGUAAAUGAUUAUCUUUGCCACUCAUUUAAAGAUAAUUCACAAAUAAAAAUAAAACUUCGAGAUGAGCAAAUCACACACAUUUUUUGUUAA